ACCACCAUUUUCAAGAGCGGCUUCCGCAGCCUGGCCGAGGGAGAACGUGUGGAGUUUGAGAGUAAGCCCUCCAGCCAAGGGAUGGAGGCAACCUUUGUGUGCGGGAUCGGGGGCCAGGAGUGCAAGGGAAGCGACCGGCGACCUAUGUCCCGGAAGAAACCCAGGAAAAUCAG